AUGGACUCCGCCAUUCCGUCUGUCUCGCAGGCGGCCCCGCCCCCUCCUAUACCGGGGCGUGCCACUUCUCCGUCUUCUCCGACUCUUCCGUCAACGCCGGUUGCUGCAACCAUUUCGACCACGCAACCCUCUACACCCGCAGAAGAAGGGACUGCGAUCGAGAGCAACCCGCCGGGCCCGUUAUAUCACUGCGAUCGCCCGCAUUGCCCCAACCCACAGGACAAAGACCGCCUUUACAAGGCCCACGCGGAGAAGUACCACCAAAAGAAGACGCACGUUCGCGUUGACGGCGUCAAGCAUCGAGCGACGCGCAUCGGUAACACGGAGGACUUUCAGUGCUGGACUUGCGGCCGGUCCUGCAAAGGGGCCCGGGCGGCGCGUACUCACAUGCUGACGCAUACCGCCUCGUCCACUGUCGCGUCUGGUUCCACGGACGAGCAGCUCCAACCCCAGACCGCUGUCGAUGCUGCCGUCAGAAUGAUCGGCUCACUGGCGCGCCGUAUCACGGGUCGGUCCUCACUGUCGACCGGCGGGCCCUCUCAGGACGAGAAGUCGCGUCCACUCCCGCAUUCUGCUCCGCAGGCGGAGACUCUCCAGCGGGCAUCCUCCAUUGGGAGCAAGCGCCAGAGGUCGAACGAAGAAACCGCCCGCCCGUCUCCUCGUCAGCAUAAGAAGGCCCGCUGCGAGUCCAGAUUGACUGACGAAGUCGAAGAGGACGCUGACGAUGAGCGUUACGACGAGGAUGAGGACGACGACGAGGACCAGGACGAGGGCGAGGACGAGUACGAGGGCGAGGACGACGAAGACGACAGCAAUUUCGGGGACGAAGACGAAGACGAGGACGAGGACGAGGGCGAGGCCGAGAGCUUCAACGACGACGUCGAAGUUAAAGUCGGCACACUGUCGUCGAGCCCCCUUUUCGACUACUACGACAUAGACGGCGUUGACUACCCCGCGGCUAUGGUGCAUGUCGGAGAGGAGGAACCUGAAAGCAUGGACGACGAAGACCACAAGAUCUGGUUGGUGUUAGGUGACGAGGACGACGUCGACGUCGAGGUUGGCUCGGAGUCGGAGUGGGAGGACGCCCCUAGGGACGUUUGGCAGGGGAUAGGGCAACACGAGCGCGACGCCGAAGUUGCACGGAUCCAGGCCACCGUUCACUUCGGUCGAGAUGAGUUACCGCAGGACGGAGAGGACAAGACGGCGAAACUGCUCAGAAAGGCUCAGUGUACGGUCAACCUAACGUAUCGUGUUCUCAUAUGUCAUAAAUGUGGUUACGCGCUCGACCCCACCGCUUUGAACGGCCAUUUCGACAGCAAACAUAACGGAAAGUUGAGCAAGAAAAACAAGAUUUCUCUUCGAAAGUUAUGCGAACGGCGCGGUCUGGUCGGCCCUGACGAGGCGAAACGCAUACGGCCUCGCAAUCGGCGGAUCAUCCACGGGCUUACGCUACACCCUUCCAUCGUCUUCUGCGCUUUUUGUCACACGGGAGCCAUAUCUGAAGCGGGGCUCGCUCGCCGGCAUACGCAAUGCCGUGCACACGAAGAUCUGAAGUCAGUCCCUUUGGCUCAGCGGUGCUAUCGGUCUAUGGCGCAGACAUUCUUCAGCAAGACGAUCCAGAAACGAUUCUUUCCCGUCUUGUAUCGUUCCCUGCCCGAGCCCGUCAACGAUGCCGCCGCAGCGACGGCUUGGAAGCUCAUCGACGCCGACCUCGAGCGUGUUUCGCUCGAGCAAGUCCCUAUUUCUGAACCGGAGGACGAUCGCCAACUGUCCGUAUUCGAGAUGAGGGAGGGCUGGCGCGUAUACAUGAAGGGUCGCACCGGCGUUCAGCUCCAAGAGAUUUUCGACGGCUCGAAGGACCCGGAGGCGUUAGGGCUUCUGCGAUUAUACAUGGAGCGAUACGUUGACGUCGCCCUCGACGCGCUUCAAAGGGAGCCAUACACCGUUUGGGAAAUGUUGGCGAAUAACGGGAUACGCGAUAACAAUCCCGGCCAUGUGGGACGCAUCAAGACGUGGAAGAUAUACGUCCGCGAAGUGUUCCCCGUCCUCCUCUUCGUCAUCAGAGCCGCUAUCGGCCUUAUGCCGAACCAUUUCUCCCUGGAGCUCACGGAUGAUCAACGACGCCAUGCUCUAGAACUUGCGCAGCUUCUGGACGCAGCGCACAAAGCCGGAAAGGGGCCCGUAUCCAAUAAGAAGAGACUUGCCGCCCACCGUUUGCUCAAGCCGUUCAUGGAUCGCUUCGGCCACGAUAAACCGAUUGUCAGCGUCCUCCACCACCUGUUAUGGUCUCUUCUGUCGCACGAAAACGAGGGAUCCGAGCCGAACAAGUUCUUCACCCCGCUCUAUAACUACUUCGUCCUCAGUUGCUACGACGAACACGCCUCUCUGAAGUCGGCGGAGGCUAUUCGCCACAUCAUUUCCCGCACCGUUUACAUAUGCCGGCUCGGCAUCUACGUUCAGGGCGUUUUGCAUUCUCAAGAAGCAAAGAUCUCUUUCUUCAAAGCGUACAAAUUCAUCGAGCCCUACCUGAAAAUACACGCGAACACGGCCCUCGCCAAUAUAUUCUCUGCGAACCGAUUCGUGUGCUCCGAGGCCCGCUCGAGCAUGGGCAAGCCGCUCCUCGAGUUCGUCGACAACAAGUACGACAGGUGGUAUCACGACGGCAAGAUCAUCAGCAUGCCAAUGAUCGGAGACGUGUUCAAGGCUCAGCUCGUCAAGAUAGAGCUUCUCGUCGUGGAGAAGAUCCUUAUGGGGAGGAAGAUGGACGACGACGUCUUCGAUUUCACUCGCGUCGGUAUCCGCGACGAACCGACCAAUCGGUCCCUUCACUAUUCCUUCGUAGCCCAUCCCGGUAACCAUUACGACAAGUACGAUAGACUUCUGAUAAAGCUAUGGAUGGAUGAUCAGUUCACCCGCGACCGUUUCACGAAGAUUACUCGUGUGGACAACAGGGACAAGAUCCUGUAUUUUGAGGAAGAGCUCCAGGAUGUGUUCGCCGCGUACAACAAGCUUCAAGACUUUUUAAUGAUAGCUACAUGGUAUUGUUGCGGUGCGCCCGGUAGGGCGGCGGAAUGGCAGGCAUUGCUCGGCUCCAACUCGCAGCAUGGGCAUAUGAGAAGCAUCUACGUGUUCGGCGACGAAAUCUUCAUUGUGACCGGUUACGACAAGACUACGCAGCAGACCGGCAAACACAAGAUCAACGCGAAGUUGCUCCCGGACUUUUUGAGGCCGUUGCUGCUUUUCUCGAAGGUCGUUAUUAGGGUUAGGGUUAGUUAG